GCCUCCCUGAUCUGAUCUGGCAGCGAUGGAAGACGACGGAUUCGCGCUCGUUCGAAAAGGACGCAAGUCCAGCAAGCCCGGAUCAAAGCCCAGCGGCAGGGCCCGUCCCGGCAGCAGCAGCAACACGAUCCAGUAUAGAAACGUCUCGACACGACAGAACCAACCAAAGGACCCCGAAAGCGUUAAGAAGGGCAUUCUCGAUGCCGUCGAAGAGAAGCGGUCUCUGCUCGCAAGGAGCCCAUUCUUCCAGCAGGCAAUGGACUCGGUGGCAACCGAGAUGAAAGCCUUUCGGAGCAGCAGCGGGGACCUCGACAUUGUCUGCUAUGGCAUCGGAUCGCUCGCUGGAUCGCGGAUAUCGCAGCUCCAAUUCGCCCUCUGUCUGUUGCUGCACGAGAUUUAUAGCUUCCGCCAUCUUUACAUCUUCGACCCCAUCAUGUCAGAGAUGGACCGGGCCAUUGCCGAUCACUUCAACCUGACCGUCAUCGACACGAACGAAAGGGGCAAGCGCACCGUCAGCCGACCGACACUCUUUUAUAUGCCGCACUGCGGCGCUGCUCUCUACAACAACGUUCUGUGGGCCAACUGGGGAGCAUCCAGCCUCACAAACAUCGCCAUCAUCGGAAACAGCUUCGACAUGUACUGCUGCUCAUCACUCGACUCAAAGCUCGCGGCGGAAGGACCGUUCAUCAAAACAAUCCAAGCGCAUACAACGGAGGUGGCGCUACCGUCAAACUUCCACGACAACGACGUCUUCAACAACCUCAGCUUUCACUUCUUCCGGCCGUCAUCAAUGGAUGCGAUAGAUGUAUUGAUCUGGGAGAAUGCACCCGAGCCUGCAUUGACGUCAUCACCCGAGAUCCUGUAGCGCCGGGAGGAACGGCCUCCGUCUCUGCCACGCUUUCCUCGCGGCUACACGAUCCCUCGACAUCAGCAUACUCGUCCCGAUAUCGCCGCCAUUAUCCACAUUGUUUCGAAGCAGUAGAACAGAGUCAGUAGACCGGAUUGGUGCCGAUGGCAGGUCUCCAGUGCAAUCACACUUGUAGUUUUGGACUCUGGCUUUGACUAGAGAAGAAAAGGAUGCUGCAAAGCACCAUGGGCAGUAAUGCGCUUCUGAGGAUUGAGGGCCAGCAUUUUCUGUCCGGAUGGUGUCGGAAACCACAAAUGUGAUACCAGGAUCAGUGUCUGUACUCGGCUCUGUCGAUGGCAGAGAGCGUCCCGGCCAUCAUCAG